AUGCAGCUUUUUGAUAUGGAAGUUGAGAAGACUUUAUUGAGAUAUUCACCAAUUCCACCGUCAUCCCUACAAAAAUGCGACAGUCUCCCUACUGUCACUUACGACCUCCAGAGAAACAUCGUCCUCAGGCCUGUCUUUGAGAGCGACCAACCGUUUGACAAAGGAGCUGUUAUAGACGGGGAUUGCUCAAAAGUUGAUGCGGCAGUCGCCAGCAACACCAAUAUCUCCUAUUCAGCUUCCACUACACACACAGAUAUCACCAACUCCCAAGAAGUAACAUUUAAAACAUUAUAUCCUUACCGAUGGCGGUUCUUUAUACAAAACCCCUUUAGUUAAUCGCCGCUUAUUUUAUGCCAUUGUGACGGCUCAAAAAUUUCUUGGUGGAUGCUAUCUUUUCUCUUUCCGGCGAACAACAUCUAGCAGUCUAGAGCCUCUGCGCCUGGCCGGGCCAGGUUCCAAGAGAAUCUUCAUGCAUAUGAGUCUCCUGUUCAGCCCAUGAUGCCUCGCGUCAUGAGAUAUUGGUUCGCAUAGGACCAGGACCUCAAAGAGAGGGUGAUAGAUUCUCACUUUAAUCAGUUUGGGGCUAUAAGGAGUUCUUGUUUGACUUCUGCUUUAAUCCAUUUUCGGACCUUGAGUUCAGUGCUCAUGAGGGAAAGCGUCAGAGGGUUCCAGGUAAUCUCAUUGGCCUCCAAGGUGCGUCACGAGAUGUAACCUUCUUCCAGGUAGUCAAGAAGAAAAAGAGAUCCCUGUGAGGCUAAAUAACGGGGAACAGAUAGCAAACCCGAUCUUGUAUAGAAGUCCUAAGAACGG